CAGCGGGCGGAGCAGCGGGUCCCGCCUCCGAAGCCAUCCUUUAUAAGAGCAGCGCCGGGCGGUGCCAGCAGAGGUGUGAGCCACUGCUCCAGUCUGUGACCUGGAGACCCGGAGCCGGGCGCGGAUUCACGGAGCCACCGAGACCCUCAGAAGAGGUGCCAUGUCGGAGCCAUCCAGGGAUGCCCACCAGAUCCCACAUGGCAGCAAGGCCUGCCGCCGCCUCUUCGGCCCAGUGGACAGCGAGCAGCUGCGCCGAGACUGUGACGCGUUAAUGGCAGGCUGCGUGCAGGAGGCCCGGGAGCGAUGGAACUUCGACUUUGUCACCGAGACACCGCUGGAGGGCGACUUUGCCUGGGAGCGUGUGUGGGGCCUGGGCCUGCCCAAGCUCUACCUGCCUGCAGGGCCCCGGGGGGGCCGGGAUGACCUGGGAGGGGGCAAGCGGCCCAGCACCUCGUCUACCCUGCUGUCGGGGACAGCUCGGGAGGACCACCUGGACCUGUCCCUGUCCUGCACUCUCAUGCCUCACUCCCCUGAGCGGCCCGAGGCGUCUCCAGGUGCACCUGGCACCUCUCAGGGCCGAAAACGGCGGCAGACCAGCAUGACAGAUUUCUAUCACUCCAAACGCCGGCUGAUCUUCUCCAAGAGGAAGCCCUAAUCUGCCCCCUGGAAGCCUCAAGCUCCUAGAAAUGAGGCCCACCGCCCCACCCCACCCCCCCACUGCCCCCACAGGCCUCUUCUACACCUUUGCCUUUAGUCCUUCAGUUUGUGCGUCUUAAUUAUUAUUUGUGUUUUAAUUUAAACUCCUCCUCAUGUACAUAUCCUGCUUGCCACCACCCUUCCGCCCGCUCCCCCCGCCCCAGCUUUUGGCAUUUCCAAUUAUUUAAAAAACCAUUAGACAGCAGAAUGAUAGGUUUAUUAGAGCGCUAGGUAUUUUUAUUAUGCGAACUAUUAUUUAAGACGUCUUCAUCCUGUGCUCCCCAUUUCUGCUCUCCCAGAGGUAAGGUGGGGCUGGCGUGACCCUCACCUUCUGGGUGGUGCUCCCUGGAGGGGCCUGGCUCCUUCAGCUCACCACCUCAUGGGGGUUAUGAAAUUUCUGCCCCUUUCCUGCAUUCUCAAACCCGGAUUCUUUAUCAUUUGAGAAGUACACAGAUAGCACUUUGAAGGGGGCCCAGCAGGGUGGGGGCAUCAUCAACACUUUGGAGGCCCCUCCCCUUCUCUGAGGUCGGGCAGUGUGACCUUGAAGUGGGCACAGCCUGGAACACAGCUGGGAACGUGGCACUUUCCUGGCCCCUGAUGCCCCGCCCUGCUCUGUGAAGGCACGGGCAAAGGUAGGGUCCUGUAGCAAACCACCCCACCUCCUCUCACCCCCUCUGCCACCCACAGGGAAGCCAGUCUCAAUGUUUGGCCUCCCCUGCACUUUUCUAGGAGCCCCAGACGCCCCUCUUUUCCAGCUGGGCUUUCAAGUCCCUCUCUGCUCCGCUCCCCUCCCCCAUACCCUUUCCCUCUAGUACCCUCUCGGCCCUAGGUGGCAGCUCUGGGGUGCCUGUCCCCCCAGCUUAGUGGACUGGGAGGGAAGGGGUAUGCUAGAAGUAGGGGUCCCCAGUUCUACCUCAGGCAGCUCAAGCAGUGGCCGCCUCCUCCUCUUACCUUCUGGGGCAGAGGUUCUGGUGGUUGGACAGGCCUUCUUGAGCGGGGAUCCCUCUGUCAGGGGUAUGUCUCGGGGAGCAGAGUUUUCGAGGAGGAAGAGCGUGACACCAGCCCCUGGAACCCCUCCAAGGACCUUCCCCACUGCCCCACCCUCCCCCAUUUCAUUGCACUUUGAUAGCAGCUGAACAAGGAGUCAGAUGUUUUAAGAUGGUAGGGUAGAGGCUGUGGAUAGGGUAUGCUAAGUGGGCUAAUGCGGCCCUGGGAGUUGGGAGUUAUUGUCUUUCCCAGCACUGAGCAUUGAGCCCCUGGAGGCAUCGAAGCACUUAGUGGGUCUGACCCCAAACAUCUUACGUUCCUGUAACAUGCUGGCCUGGACUGUUUUCUCCUGGCUCCUCCUGUCUCCACCUAGACUGUAAGCCUCUGAAGGGCAGGGAACAAGUCCUAUACUGCUCUGUGCCCUUCAUUGCCCCUUCCUCAGUGCUGGGUAUACAGCAGGUGCUCAAUAAAUGUUUCUUGGUGAUUUUA